GGAAAUCCGAUGAAAUCAGCAGCAGCAGCAGCAGCAGUUCCACAACGACACUCGUCCCUGGAGGACGACUUGUCCGAGGUUGAAUUUUCCGAACUUGUAGAACGACUCAAGUUCGUCGACCUCAUCUACACUGAAUACGGGCUCGAGGACGUGCUCUACAAGCUCGCAAAACUCAUGUUCGACGACAGCUUGGCACAUGAUGUCGGAACACCGGAUUCAAUCCUUUCGAAAUUGAACGCAUAUCUCGCGUCAGAAGAGAAGGAGGGUCGUCUCACCCCGGAUCUCACCAAGAGGAUUCAAGAAGUCCUGGUUUCGUCGCUUUUCGACGCCCUGCAAGAAGACGCUUUGGGCAAAAUAGCAGGAGCUUCAGCGACCACGUCACAUUCGACUUAGAAAUAUAUCUGUACUGUACUGGAAAAGCUGGGGAAUAUAAGGAAUGGUUCUGUGUGAGACGAGGACCGACGAGAGAUGUGUUGAUGGAAAUCGAUUUUCCUGCCCCCCCCCCCUUUUCUGCUGCUGGAGAUAGGAUCUCAAAUCUAUAUACAGUUUUUUCCUCAUCGGUUAUCAUCAUGAAAAAGUUUUGGCAGGGAUUGAAUGGCUUUGGAGACAGAAUC